AUGCCUGCUCAGGCUACACCGUACUCGCUUGCAUAUAGCGUGGAAGCAAUCUUGCCUCUAGAAAGUCAAAUUCCAUCAUUAAGGAUGGCCGUACAAGAAGGAUUAACUAAUGAAAAGGAUGGGAAGUUUCAUCUCCAAGAGUUAGAAGCAUUAGACGAAAAGAGACUCGAAGCGCAACAACGCUUAGAGUGUUAUCAAGCUUGGCUUUCGAAUGCUUUUAAUAAGAAAGUCUACCCCAGAUCUUUUGAGGUAGGAGAUCUCGUUCUCGCAUUACGUAGACCUAAGAUCAUAACACACAAAACCGGAAGCAAGUUUACUUCAAAAUGGGAUGGGCCCUACGUAGUACAAGAAGUAUGCACAAGUGGCGCUUACAAGAUCGUAGCUGAGGACAGUUUAAGAGUCGGCCCUAUCAACGAAAAGUUCUUGAAAUGA